AUGGAGGAAGGAAGUUCACCCUACCUUAGCUGCCCAGAACUGGAAAUUCUUCGUGGUGCUUGCGCUACUUACGACAUUAUCCAAAACAGGUUUAAGAUUCAACUUGCCAACCGUUGCAGCCUGUGUGGUGUGGCAGAUGAAACGCUUGAGCAUGUUCUUUUCCAUUACACCUUUGCUGGCCGGGCGUGGAAUUGGAUUUUUGAUAUCUUUGAUUUAAUUCCUAAUUCUAACCUUGUAGUAUCUUGUAAAGCAGCUAAAGUGAGGAGCACAAUGAUACGUGACCUGUGGCUUAUUGCCAAUCUCGUCUUAAGAUCAGAACUGUGGGAUGUGCGUAAUAAGGCUGUGUUUCAACGUCAACAACCAAACUGGAGUAUUUUUUUCAAGCGUGUGUUGAAAUUGAUCCAAGAGUUUGUUGUUCGGCUCAAAGGCUUCAUGCGAAACAAUGCUGAAGAUGUAAUAAUUCUUGAUUAUUUCCGUGUUAAUCAUAGAAGGGUGAAAUUUCUUCAACCAACUGAAUGUUUUUGGGAACCUCCGGAGGAGAAUGAGAUUCAACUUUGCUGUGAUGGGGCGGCGAGGGGGAAUCCUGGUGUUGCGGGAGCUGGUGUGGUGGCAAGAAAUGCGCGUUGUUUAGUUCUUGGUGCUAUGUCUAUAGGCCUUGGAGUUACAACUAAUUAG